AUCACACCAUUAUUCCUAAACCUUAUUCAUUUCCAUUCAUAUUUAUCACCACAAACAUCUUCUUCAUCCAAAAACAGCAAUGGAAACCGCUACAACCCUCACCGGAUUACUCCAAUCCGUCGCUGAAAAAUUCCCCUCCCGUCGUGCCAUCUCCGUCGCCGGAAAAUUCGACCUCACCCAUUCCCAACUCCAUGAAUUAGUCGAAUCUGCAGCUAAUCAUCUCAUCUCCGCUGGAAUCAAACCCAACGAUGUCGUCGCUCUCACCUUCCCCAACACCAUCGAGUAUGUUAUCAUGUUCCUUGCCGUGAUUCGAGUUCGAGCCACGGCAGCACCAUUAAACGCAGCAUACACAUCAGAAGAAUUCGAGUUUUAUCUUUCAGACUCAGAAUCAAAGCUUCUCUUAACACCAUUAGAAGGCAACAAUCCUGCUCAAACCGCAGCUACAAAGCUCAACAUUCCACUCGGUUCGGUUUGCUUCAAUAAAACCGAAGAAGAAACAAAACUUUCAAUUUCGCUGAACCAAACUGAGUCAGCGAACUCGGUUUCGGAACUAAUUAACGAACCAUCCGACGUGGCACUUUUUCUUCACACAUCAGGUACCACAAGUCGGCCUAAGGGGGUCCCACUGAGUCAACACAAUUUAGUUUCAUCGGUUCGAAACAUUGAAUCGGUUUACCGGCUCAGUGAGUUGGAUUCGACGGUGAUUGUUCUUCCGCUUUUUCAUGUUCAUGGGUUGAUUGCUGGGUUGCUGAGUUCACUCGGUGCCGGAGGUGCGGUGGCGUUGCCGGCGGCGGGGAGAUUCUCUGCGUCGACAUUUUGGAAGGAUAUGAUUCAAUAUAAUGCCACGUGGUACACGGCGGUUCCUACCAUACACCAGAUUAUAUUGGACCGUCAUCAAAGUAACCCUGAACCGGUUUACCCGAAACUCCGGUUUAUUCGUAGCUGUAGUGCUUCGUUGGCUCCGGUUAUUCUAGGUCGUUUGGAGGAAGCGUUUGGGGCACCCGUUUUAGAAGCUUAUGCUAUGACGGAGGCUACUCAUUUGAUGUGUUCAAAUCCUUUGCCAGAAGAUGGGCCUCACAAAGCUGGGUCGGUCGGAAAACCUGUGGGUCAAGAAAUGGCUAUUUUAGAUGAAUCGGGUCGGGUUUUGGAGGCCGAUGUUAAUGGUGAGGUUUGUAUUAAGGGAGAAAAUGUCACAAAAGGGUAUAAGAACAAUGAAGAAGCUAAUAAAUCAGCAUUUUUGUUUGGUUGGUUUCAUACCGGUGAUAUUGGUUACUUUGAUUCUGAUGGGUAUUUGCAUCUUGUGGGUCGGAUUAAGGAACUCAUCAACAGAGGAGGAGAGAAAAUAUCACCAAUUGAAGUCGAUGCUGUCCUUCUUGGACAUCAAGACGUAGCUCAGGCAGUUGCUUUCGGAGUGCCAGAUCAGAAAUACGGUGAAGAGAUACAUUGUGCAAUCAUUCCAAGAGAAGGAUCAAACAUUGAUGCUGAAGAGGUGCUAAAAUAUUGCAAGACGAAUCUCACAUCUUUUAAAGUUCCCAAAAAGGUUUUCAUUACUGAUUCUUUGCCCAAGACAGCCACUGGCAAGAUUUUACGUCGUCUUGUGGCAGAACACUUUGUCUCUCAAGCUUGAGUCAUGAAGUCCCUAGCUUUGGAAGCUUAUAUAUUUGAUCAAUAAAGGGUUGGAGGGAAACUUGGCAUAUAAGAGGAAAAAAAUUAUGCAACAUGUUAUUCUUAAUUAUACUAUGUUAAGAGGUAGAUUUUGAUGAUUCUUGUGAAGUGGGAAACAAUGCAAUGUUUAAAGAAUAUUCAAUCUCUUCUUUCUAAUAUUUCAUUUUCUUGUUUAUAAAUA